AUGGUAAACACAAGCUGGUACUUUAAAACUCUUUCUCCUCAUCCAGGCACAUUAGGGCAGCGAAUUAUUGGCGGUCAGGAAGUUGAGCCCUACUCUAUUAAAUACCAAGCCUCCAUCCAGUAUAACAACUAUCACUACUGUGGAGGGACACUCAUACAUCCACAGUGGAUUGUCUCUGCUGCCCACUGCUGGAGACCAAACUACUUGAUCAAAGUAGUUCUGAGUGAGCAUGACUUCUCCAGAAGAGAGGGAUUUGAGCAAGUGUUCAAUGUGUCCAGAGCGCUGGUGUAUUAUAUGUACAACUACAGGACCUUUGAUAAUGACAUUAUGCUACUGAAACUUGACCGUCCUGCUCAGCUGAAUGCCCACGUUCAGCCUGCUAACUUACCAGAUGUGGACACACCUCCGUUGCCUGGUGGGACCACCUGUACGGUGAGUGGAUGGGGAGUCACCCAGAUUUACAGCUACUACCUGUCCCCCGUACUGCGUGCUGUGGAUGUUGAGAUCAUCCCCAACUGCCAAUACUACUAUUACUUCAGGAUCACAGACAACAUGGUGUGUGCAGGAUCUCCUCUAGGAGGCAAAGAUUCUUGCCAGGGCGAUUCAGGUGGACCUCUCAUAUGUAAUGAUAACUUUGAGGGCAUUGUCUCCUGGGGUAUCAGCUGUGCCAAUCCCUACUUUCCUGGCGUAUACACCAAAGUCCGCAGCUACAUCCGCUGGAUCAACUGGAUCAUCCAAAAUGACAGCUCUGAGUAAAACUCC